UCCGACCCGGUUAGACCCGGAACCGGUACCGGAGCCCCGCUGCUCUGUCGGAACCAGCGGUGCUGAUGCUUCGCGGCGGGUCAGAGAGCAGAAAGAGGCGCUUUUUAGGUUGUUACGUAGAAGAUGAGUGGCGGGAACGUCGUGACGUCAGCGGAAAGAAAAGAAGUCGGCGGGUAUAAAUGCGUGACGUUCGGCUGGAUGCGGUGAUUCACACUGAGAGCGGAGCGGAGGAAAACAUCAGCUCAGGAAACAACAACAACAACAAUAAUAACGAUAAUAAUCAGUUAUUGAUCCGGAUCCAUCGAUCAGGUUCUCAGCAAACUUUCCUCUGAAGAUUUUAACUUUUUUCUUCAGAAACUUUGAAGAUUUCUGUUCAGAGGCGGCCAUGAUGGCGGUCAUGUUGGCCACGCCCCCGGCGCCCUACGACUUCGACUCCAUGCAGCCGUGUUUCUUCCUGGGCGGAGACGAUGAGGACGUCUUCCCCAGCCAGCUCCUCCCUGGUCCCGGCGAGGACAUCUGGAAGAAGUUUGAGCUCCUGCCGACGCCGCCCAUGUCCCCCAGCCGGACCCCGCCCCGUUCGGACCCGCCGCUGUCCGCCGCCGACCACCUGGAGGCGCUGUCGGACCUGCUGGACGAGGAGCUCCGCCCCUCCGCCGCGCUGCAGUCCUUCAUCAUCCAGGACUGCAUGUGGAGCAGCAGCUUCGCCGCAGCCGCCAAGCUGGAGCGGGUCGUGUCCGAGCGGCUGGCGUGUCUCCGGACCCGGCAGAACCCAACCGACACCAGCGGGCUGGCGGCUGGUUCUGAUGCACGAGACGAGACCGGGUACCUGCAGGGUGUGGCGGCGGCGUGCAUCGACCCUUCUGAGGUGCUCCCCUUCACGCUGACGGGCCAGAACCAGAACCAGACCCACGACAAUGGAGUGGCGAUGGAGGUCGGGUCAGAGUUGAGUCUGGAGACGCCGCCGCUCAGCAGCAGCAGCGAAUCAGAGGAGGAAGAGGAGGAUGGUGAGGAAGAAGAGAUUGACGUGGUGACGGUGGACAGACGGAGGACGUCCCAUCAGUCCCCUCUGGUCCUCAAACGCUCCCUCAUCGACAUCCAGCAGCACAACUACGCCGCCCCGCAGCCUGCUGGGAAACGGCCCAGGUCGACAGAGAGCACCGCGAUGUCGCCGCUGGCGACGGCGGCGAGGCAGAGGUGCGGCGGUCGGCGCUGCUGGAGCCCGCGGUCGGACAGCGAGGACGAGGACAGACGCAGGACUCACAACGUGCUGGAGCGACAGCGGCGCAGCGAGCUGCGGCUCAGCCUGCUGGCGCUGAGGGAGCAGAUCCCGGCGCUGGCCGCCAACCACAAGGCGGCCAAGGUGGCCAUCCUGCAGGGGGCGACGGCGUUCAUCCGGGAGGCGCGGGCGGACGAGCGCAGGCUGCUGAAGAAGAAGGACGAGCUGACGAAGAGGAGCAGGGAGCUGCAGCGGCGCCUGGAGCGGCUCCGGACGCUACAUUAGCCGCUAAACGGCUUUUAACUAGUUUUCAUGUUGGAAACGGAGGCGGAGCUUAGAGAGUCAAAAUGACCGCAGGACAGAAACGGGUUCUAUCAGAACCGCCGGGUCAGAACCUUUAUUUAUUUACUCUAAUUUAACCUAGCUGUGUUUAAUUUGUCCCCCUUCUGUUGUGAAAUGAUUUUAUUUUUAUAUUUUAUAGAAAUCAAACAUGUCAAAAUAAAAGCCCUGAUUUGCUUGGAC